AUGAAGAGCUCUCUGCUGGCAGCUAUCUUUUUGUUUGCGACAGAUUCCUGCAGCUGCCGGAACAGGGACUUGCCAUUUUGCCAGCAGCUCCCAGACUGGGACAAUGAAUUGGUAUGCUACACAGAAUUAAAUGAGGAUCUAACCUGUACCUGGCUGCCAGCACCCAGUGCUCCGAAUACGAUUAACUAUACCCUAUUCUUAAAAUGGGACAGAAUACGAAAACUUUUUCAACGACACACAUCAUCAUCUUCCAUCACGAUAGAACGAAAGGAUAUCUACAUAAACCGCUCUGCAUCUAUUUGGAUAGCAGUGAAUUACGCCCAUGACAGCUGUGUGAAAGGAAAGAACAUCUCGAUUACACCGAGCAAAGCAGGGAAGUGCUUGACACCAUCUAACAUAAAUGCUCAUCAGAUCACAAACCAAUUGAUAAUAAAGUGGGACCUGCCUGCAACUCCUACACCAUAUAAGCUGAGAUACAGAGAGGCACUCGCAGAAUCCACGCGGUGGACACUGGUGCCUGUAGGAAGCAAUGCUGUCAAUGUCACCAUUUCAAAUUUAAAUGCUAUGUCUUCAUACAUUGUUCAGCUCAGAUGCAUAGACAAGGAUGGGCUCCGCUGUGUUUGUGUUUGGAGUAAAGAGAUGUUGGUUCCUCACAAACUCAUCAACAAGCCAAGAAUAUCAUAUAAUGCAACUACAGAAACGUCUCCAGGCAGAAGAAGUGUCCUUCUGAAGUGGGAGGUAACACAAAGUGAGAACAUCCUUGGAUAUUAUGUUAAUGUGGAAAGAAUACCCAACAGUUGCAGGGAUUCACCAAGUCGUAUCUUUCUAAAUCACAGAAAAGUUCUUCUAAAUCUCUCCAUGGCUUAUUAUAGAGUUAAUAUUUCUGCCUACAACAAAGCAGGAGAAUCUCCACAAGCCAUCUACGUUGUCCCAGACUCCUCUGCAACAGACUUGCCCGGCCAAAUCCAUGUCAAACACCACGGAACUAAUGCAGUAGUCACCUGGACUCCAGAAUACAAUCCAAAAUGUUUUGUGGUUGACUGGGGCACUGGUAAAGCGGAUAUGCGCAUGAAAAUAGUAACUACAGCUACUGGAAAUUUCACGCUAGACAAUUUUCAGCCAUAUAAGUUGUACAAAAUAAUGGUACAUGCAUCUGAUGUGUGUCACUGUGAAAGUUUCACAAGACAUGAAAAGACUUUUGGAGUGACCCACUUUUACUCAGUUGAAGGAGUUCCUAGGACAGGUCCUGCUAAUGUGACAAUCCUGAAUAUCACAAAGCAUUCUGCACUUGUGAAGUGGACCAAAAUAGCUGCUGAAGACUGUUUGGGCUUUCUCCAGGGAUACAGGAUCAUCUACACAGAUUCAUCAAUGAAAAAGUCUCUGGCUGUUACUCUCAAUUCUUCUACCACAAGUUACCAUCUGACCAGACUGAAGGGAAAAACCGUAUACCAUGUGCAGAUUUCAGGAUUCACUAACGCUGGCGAAGGACCUCCAACUCCUUCACAACCUUUCAGCACUCCAAAAUACGAUGAAGGAGAAUUUGAAGGUUUUGUGACUGGCCUUUGCUUCAGCAUGAUGUUCUUUCUGGUUUUUGCACCUCUCAUUUGUUCUUUGGUGCUUAAAAGGCUGAAAAUAUCAUGCUGGCCCAGUGUACCAAGUCCAAGAAACAGCAAUGCGCUCCAAGAUAUGGCAAAUAGUAAAACUGUUUCAAGGUCAUUGCUUCAGGCCCUGUCAGACAACGAUACCACCAGCCUGUAUGUUGUAGAGCAUGAGUCAAAGGCUCCUCUGAAGCUAGACCUCCUUACAGAUGGUGGAAAAGAGAGCAAGUGUGACAUUUGCCAGUCAGAAGAACCUAGCAAUAACACAGACAUAAGCCUAAGGCAUGAAGAAAUCACUGAAAAAGCAGUUACAAAUACAGAAGAAGGAGUAAUUUCCAUUACAGUACCACUCUUGAGUGACUACACCAGCAUGGAGUUCAGCCAGAAAGCCCUCAUGAGUCUGACAGUGAAGCUGCCUGCAAGAGCAGCUGCUGGUCCUCAUCUGGAAAUGGAACUAAGCAAUAAGCCAGCACAAACUGGGCAUAAGGUUUUGUUUGCUCCCCAAGACUAUCUCAAACAAAGCCAGGUAGUAUUUUUACCAUCUGGACCAACUUUGAUGGGACAAGCCAAUUCAAAAUGAAGCAUCUUCAUAAUUUCCCAUACCAUAAAAUUAAGUUCCAAAACCUCUGGUGCUUGAAUGGAGCCAUUAGGACCAUAUAGGACAGUGAACUUGUGACAGUAGUUAGUCUCUUCCUUGGUGAAAUAGAUUGAUUAUAUAAUUAGAUUGGCUAUUUCACCACAGUAAUUGUGUGGAAAGUCCUACUGUCUUCACACAGGCAAAACUUUCAAAGAAUGGUACGAAAAAACUUCCAGUACAGUACCUCUUGCUAGGUGUUUAGUCCCAGGGCACUCAGGAAGCCAUUUCAAGGCUUCCACUCAAAGCACAAUGUUGUUCUAGUCAUCACGAUAGUUCUCUAAUUACUGUGACCAGUUUAAGACCUGAUUUUCAGAACUGGUAAGUUCUUCAGUAAAAACUCCAGCAAAAGUGUCUACCACUCCA